AUGUCCCAGACUAUAAUCCUAUAUCCGUUGUCCAACUUCACCUUCACGACCAAGGAGGCGCAGCCUGAGGAGGAUCCUUCAGUCGCCGCGCGCCUACAGCGACUACAGAAUAACUAUGAGGACUAUGGGAUGAGGCGUACAGUCGAAGGCGUGCUGGUUGUGCACGAUCAUGGACAUCCGCAUAUUCUGAUGCUCCAGAUCGCGAACGCGUUCUUCAAGCUACCCGGCGACUAUGUUAAACCGGGAGAGGAUGAAGUUGAGGGGCUGAAGAAGCGGCUCGACGUUCGCCUUGAGCCAACGAGUCCGCCCUACAGUGAGAGUACGGACAACUGGGAGAUUGGAGAUUGCUUGGCACAAUGGUGGCGACCAAACUUCGAGACGUUCAUGUAUCCGUUUAUUCCAGCUCACGUUACUAAACCGAAGGAGUGCAAGAAAAUGUUCCUCGUCCAGCUGCCAGAGAAAAAGGUCAUGGCCGUGCCAAAAAAUAUGAAGCUGCUUGCCGUGCCACUGUUUGAAUUAUACGAUAAUUCAGCGAGGUACGGCCCACAGUUGUCUGCUAUCCCGCAUCUCUUGUCUAGGUACAACUUUGUCAUGCAGUGAGCGAAGGAUGGUCUGACUGGAAUGCGUGCGAUGACU